AGAAAAUCGCCGUCACUCAUUGCGCUUUGCGCCUCUCCUGGUUAGGUCGAAAGUCGUCGUUCGACCGUGUACAAGAGGCAGGUUUUCUCUUUCUCUCUCUCUCUUUCUCUAUUUCUGUCUCUCGCGUUUAAGCAUCGUAAGAAUCAUGCUCGAUCUUUUCACGAUAUUCAGCAAGGGCGGCAUAGUGCUCUGGUGCUUCCAGAGCACGUCCCAGAUUUUCGCGCCCAGCGUCAAUGCCCUGAUAAGGAGCGUUAUAUUGCAGGAACGUACAGGGAAUCACAGCUUUGAUCAUGACUCCCUGCGACUACAGUAUAAACUCGACAACGAGUUCGAGCUGGUAUUUGUGGUGGCGUAUCAGAAGAUACUGCAGUUAUCCUACGUGGAUAAAUUUCUGAAUGAUAUCCAUUUGGAGUUUAGGGAUCGCUUCAAGAACGAGCUCGAGAAUUCAAGCUGGUUCGCCAAUUUUGAAUUUGAACCAGCCUAUCGUUCGGUGCUCGAACGAGCUGAACACUGGUCGCGCUCACAGGCUAAGAUACCGAAGCAAAUGCGCACUUUUGACGAGAGUCAGAAAUCCAAGAAGACUGUCGCUAGUAUGAUCGAGAGAAAGGACGAUAAAGAUGAUAAGAAGCCAGGUAAAAAGAAGAAAGCAAAUAACUGUAAUGGGGAUUAUCAUACAAAAAUUCAAGAUAUUCCAAAACAGGAGUUGCCGAAACAGCAAGUGGAACAUAAUGGGGAACUCGAUGAAGAAACAUUGAUUACCAAUCGUAUGAAGCUCGUUCAGAAAAUGGCGGGAAAGAAGAAAGCCGACAAGCAGAAAAGUCCUAAACCUGAGAAAGCUGGCAAGAAACCGCGCAUCUGGGAAUUGGGUGGCACAACCAAGGAUCUUGCUACAUUAGAGCGAACUAAAGACAAGCCCGAAGAGAAUGACGAUUAUGUGGCAGCCAAUACAGCUCUAGUUGGACAGAUGAAAGGUAGUAUACGCGAUCUCGAAGUGAACAGCGAUUCUGAAGAUAGUUCCGAUCAGGAAGAGAUAGAGCAAUCCAAGCAGCAGCAGAUGCAGAAAAAAACGAGUAUGUUCUCCAUGUUCAAGAGUCUGGUCGGCAGCAAAUCUCUAAAGCAGGAUGAUAUGUUACCGGUUUUGGAGAAACUAAAGGAUCAUUUAAUCACCAAGAAUGUUGCCGCGGACAUCGCGCAAAAGUUAUGCGAUUCUGUUGGUACGAAGCUGGAAGGAAAAGUACUUGGCACCUUCGACAGCGUAGCAAACACCGUUAAAACCACCCUAACGGACGCUCUAGUACAAAUACUGUCGCCCAAGAGAAGAAUCGAUAUUCUGCGAGACGCUUUAGAAGCGAAGAAGAGUAACAGGCCUUACGUGAUGACUUUCUGUGGCGUCAACGGGGUCGGCAAGUCAACGAAUUUGGCCAAAAUCUGUUUCUGGUUAAUAGAAAAUAAUUUCCGCGUGUUGAUAGCUGCAUGCGAUACAUUCAGAGCUGGAGCUGUCGAACAACUGAGGACGCAUAUGCGGCAUCUGAACGCUCUACAUCCACCAGAGAAGCAUGGGAAUCAAUCGAUGGUGCAGCUAUAUGAGAAGGGUUACGGUAAGGAUGCCGCGGGUAUCGCCAUGGAAGCGAUACGCUUUGCGAGGGACUCCAGGGUUGAUGUUGUCCUGGUCGACACUGCCGGUAGAAUGCAGGAUAAUGAACCGUUGAUGCGAGCUCUGGCGAAGCUGAUUAAAGUGAACGAGCCGGACUUGGUAUUAUUCGUGGGGGAAGCUCUCGUCGGCAACGAAGCUGUGGAUCAGCUGGUGAAAUUCAAUCAAGCCUUAGCUGACUACAGUCAAUCUGCCAAUCCUCAUAUUAUCGACGGUAUCGUGUUGACGAAGUUCGAUACGAUCGAUGAUAAAGUCGGCGCAGCUAUCACAAUGACAUACAUCACUGGUCAACCUAUUGUUUUUGUUGGAACCGGCCAAACUUACACCGAUCUAAAAUCAUUGAAUGCCAAAGCAGUGGUACACGCUUUGAUGAAAUGAGGAGUGUUAACAAGCAAUAAUAAACCUACAAGCGUUCUAUCCGUAACAUUCGUAGAUUUUAUUCAAGCUUUGUUACACAUUGUUACAGUCGAGCUCUUGUAUUAUGUCAAGACUGAAUUAGAUUGUCUGGCCAGACCAAUCGAAAUGGGGACUAAAAGGAAAAUUAAGAAUAGACAUGCUAACUCAGACCUGAUAAAUAAAUAUAAAAAUUCGACUGUACAAAAUUUCGCGAGAAAUCGCGCUGUUGUUAUGAAAACAAAAAAAGAAUCUGAUAUUAGGAAGAAAAAGAAAGGAGGAAACUGAUUGUGCUCUCAAUUGGCGAUGUAUUAGGUUACAAACAAUUGUAUUUAUCAAAUAAAGUUGGAUAUUUCACAGUU